AUGUCGCUUCCUCUUCCGCAAACAUUCUCAAUGUUUGAGAAGCCGAAAGUUGCUGUGAUGGGCCUCCACAAACCUCUGGUAAUGGCUGUAGCGGUUGGUUUGCAAACCAAAAUGUGGGGUCGGGAUAGUGUACGACAGUGCGAGGGGCAGCGCGUAAUCAAGAGCUACUCCAAAGCAUCCAUAAUCAGCUUUCACAGCACUUCUGACCGUGGUCGCAUGUACACAGUGAGAACGACUUUGGGCCCAGCCUGUGAGGGUCGAAUUAAAAAAACAAAAGCAGUGUGUUGCCAAGAGGAAGCCAUAUUUGAUCCAUACUGUACAUUACUACCGCCAUGCUUGGGCCAACUCACUUGA